CCUCCCCUAGAGGAAUUGACAACAAGGAAAACUUUAUUGGUAGCGGGCCCGGGGCCGGCGGGACGAUGUCGGUGAACUACGCGGCCGGGCUCUCCCCCUACUCGGACAAGGGCAAGUGCGGCCUCCCCGAGAUUUUUGACCCGCCAGAGGAGCUGGAGAGGAAAGUGUGUGCAUUAGCAGACCUGAUAAGGGGUUCUUCCAAUAUAGUGUUUCACACAGGAGCCGGGAUCAGUACGGCUUCCGGAAUCCCUGACUUCAGGGGGCCCAAUGGCGUGUGGACUAUGGAGGAGCGGGGAUUGUCCCCCAAGUUUGACACGACCUUUGAGAACGCGAGGCCUUCCAAGACCCACAUGGCGCUGCUGGAGCUGCAGAGAGUCGGCAUCUUGAAGUUCCUGGUCAGCCAAAACGUGGAUGGCCUGCAUGUGCGUUCUGGAUUCCCACGGGACAAGCUGGCCGAGCUGCACGGGAACAUGUUUGUGGAGGAAUGUGUGAAAUGCGGCAAGCAGUACGUGCGGGACGCCGUCGUGGGCAGCAUGGGCCUCAAGCCGACAGGCAGGCUGUGCAGCGUCUCCAAAGCAAGAGGCCUUCGUGCCUGCCGAGGAAAGUUAAUAGACACCAUUUUAGACUGGGAAGAUUCUCUGCCUGAUCGGGACCUCAGUCUAGCAGACGACGCCUGCAGGAAAGCUGACCUGUCAGUCACUCUGGGGACCUCUCUUCAGAUCAAACCCAGUGGCAAUCUCCCCCUGCUCACUAAAAGGAAAGGAGGGAAGCUGGUCAUAGUAAAUCUGCAAGCAACGAAGCACGACCGGCAAGCCGACCUGCGCAUCCACGGCUACGUGGAUGAAGUCAUGACCAAGCUGAUGAAGCAGCUUGGUCUGGAGAUCCCUGAGUGGACGGGGCCGGCGGUGGUGGAGAGUUCUGAGCUUGUGAAGCCCGAACCAGCCCUAAAACUCGACCCAGACGCUCAGCGCCCAGCCAAGGAAGAGCCCUGCUCCCACCACAAUGGCACGGCAGAGGGGGCUGACGGGCUAUGCCCGGGGCUCGGCGCUGCACGCGAGGAGCACUGUGACGGUCUGAAACAGGAAUGUCCUGGCUCAGGCCACAGUCCCGUAGCAGCCAAGAGAGUAAGAGUGGAGUCGCUGCUCACCUGACUUACACAUCUUUGCUGUUGGUCGUUCGUCUUAGCAGCUAGCCGGGGCCGCGUUUCCUACUGUCCUUUUUAUACCUUGAAAUAUCACACACACCCUUUUGUAAGUAUUAAAUAUACUUCAGUGUU